AUGUCUUCAAAUAAAAAUAAAGAACAGAUAAAGUCGGUAUUACUAAUUGGUGGUUCGGGAUUUUUAGGACUUCAUUUAAUUCAACAAUUUUAUGAAAAUAUACCAAAUAUAAAAAUUUCAGUAUUUGAUAUACGUCCAUUACCUCAGAAAUUAUCUAAAUUUUUCACUUUUAACCCUCAAGAUAUAAAAUUUUAUGAAGGAGAUUUGACAAAGGAAGAAGAUGUAACAAAUGCUAUAAUCUCAUCUAAAUGUGAUGUAUUAGUACAUUCAGCAUCUCCAAUUCAUGGAUUAUCACAAGAAAUAUAUGAAAAAGUUAAUAUAAAGGGGACUGAAAAUUUAUUAAAAGUUUCUAAAAAAUUAGGAAUUACAUCAUUUAUAUAUACUUCAUCAGCAGGUGUUAUUUUUAAUGGACAAGAUGUUAUAAAUGCUGAUGAAAGUUGGCCAUACCCAGAGAUUCAUAUGGAUGGUUAUAAUGAAACAAAAGCUAUAGCAGAAACUUUAGUAAUGAAUUCAAAUGAUCCACAAAAUAAUUUUAGAACUGUAUGUUUAAGACCAGCAGGUAUAUUUGGACCAGGAGAUCGUCAAUUAGUUCCUGGUUUAAAAGCAAGUGCAGAAUUAGGUCAAUCAAAAUAUCAAUUAGGUGAUAAUAAUAAUUUAUUUGAUUGGACUUAUGUUGGAAAUGUUGCUGAUGCUCAUGUAUUAGCAAGUGAAAAAUUAUUUAGUGAAAAUAGAGAUUUAAUAAGUGGUCAAACAUUUUUUAUAACAAAUGACGCUCCUACUUAUUUUUGGACUUUAGCAAGAACUGUUUGGAAAAAUGAUGGUUAUAUUGAUAAAUAUUAUAUUAAAUUAAAUAAACCAAUUGCUAUAUGUUUGGGUUAUGUUUCAGAAUUUGUUUCAAAAUUAUUAGGUAAAGAACCUGGUAUUACACCAUUUAGAGUUAAAGUUGUAUGUGCAACAAGAUAUCAUAACAUUAAUAAAGCUAAAAAAUUAUUAGAUUAUGAACCUAAAGUUGAUUUAGAAACUGGAAUAAAGAAUACACUAGAAUGGAUUAAUGAAAAAUUGUAA